AUGGCACCUAAAAACUUAAAAAAAAAUAUUCAGUGCUUGAAAAAAACGAUUAAGCAAUUGAAAAGAAAUUUAAUUAUAUUAAACAAAAUUACUAAUAGAAAUUUAGUUGAAAUAUUGAAUCAAAAAUGAAUUGUUGAUAAAGAAUCUUCAGCAUCAAGGAAUAUAAUUAAUAAUAUAACUCUCAUUGAGGUCUUAGACAAUAAGAGAAGCUUUCUAAUAGAGAAUAAAACUGUAGUAUUAAAUUAAUGAAUUAUAUCACUUGAUUGAUUAGGAAAUCUAUUAAUUAGAGUCUAAACUAAAAAUGCUUAUUUAUAACCAUAAUUUGUAAACAUAAUAAUUUUAAUAAAGAUGGAUAGGAAGAAAAUGUAAAGGUUUAAGCUAAUGAUGCAAAAGAGGAAUGUUAAUUAGAAAUUGUUUACAAUAGUAAUUGUAGAAAGGCUAUGAUAAUAUAAGAAAAAUAAAAAUGAAGUAAAUUUUUAAGUCUCUUAAUAAUCUCAUAAUGAGAAGAACACAUGUG